GUAGCUGGGCUCUUUCCGAGGUUACUGCCCAAUGCUGUGAAUCAACUCAAGAGUUUCGAGCCAAGGGAAAACACACGGAGUCUGUGUCAUUCUUCAGUCUAGAAUAACACAGACACAAAGUUCAUUGAACGUGUUCAGAACUAGCGACAGUGCACUUUUUACGAAAGCAGCAACGUAUUCAAGUACUUCAAAGUUUUAUUUUUGCUACCGCACGGGACAAAGGAGCAUGGACGUUGUUUUAAAAGUAUUUACAUUUUUUUCCCCUGGAGUAUUCAAAGUUAAGUCAACUCGGGCAGUUAUUUUUAUUUUUUGACACCAAACCACGUAUGGCACAAAUGAACAUUGGAAAUGCAGGUCUAGUGUAACUUUCUCAAUCUUUAUGUUGGGACAACGUUUAAAUCAAUGCUUUACGCCUGUGUUAGUGUUUUUUUUCUGUUGCGUUUACAGUCAGUACUGCUAGUCAUCGGUACUAGUAUAAACCAAAUUGCAAUUCUUAUAUUUAUUUUUGAAGAGUUUGACUUGACAGUUUUUUAAAAAAUUUAUACUGCCGUUUUACUGGGAUAAACACACAACGUUGUUGCUGAUGUAAUUUGCAUGAGGAGCUCAGAGUAACACAACAUCACUGUACACUUAAUUUAAAUUCUUGGUGCCAUUUUUCUUUAAUAAAGUAAACAUUACAAUGACAUUCGAUAGGUAGAUGGGAGAAGAUGGAAAAUGUUCUCAAGACGAUUUUUGUUUUCAGUCUUGUUAACGGCUUGAUCAUGGUGAGUUAUUACAAAACACGGAUCGCAUUGGGGAACACUGAAGGAUUCCUGGAAAACAGAACCGCGAUCUUUAUUUCAACUCUGAGCUAAUGCGAGAAAAAAAGCAGAGCAGGACAGGAUCUGAGAUUGAACACCUUUUUUUAGUUGUUGGAGUGAUUUGCCUGAACAAGCCAGCUUAGUUAAACGGGCGCCUUGGAAUUCUGCUAAAUCAGUUCCUGUGGAAAUUAUGACAUCGUCUGUGGAUAUAGCGUUCAAACGGGCUUUGAAGAAACAGCCAUUUGAAAGGACAGAAGAGGAUUUAAACACUAUUUUUUCUCACCUUCAUGGCAUGGAUGUUUUAUCUCAUCUCCGAGAACAUCAGCUAAGAUCAAUGUGUACCACAGCUCGUUAUGAGAGGCAUGAAGCCCAUCGUGUCCUGUUCUACCCCCACAGCAUUUCUACAUGUUGGUAUAUCCUACUCUCGGGCUCAGUGUUCAUGAAGGAAUCCAUGUUUUUACCCAGAUGCUGUUUUGGCAAGCAGUCUGGGGGGAGAAGAGGCUGUGAAUGCAUCAUUUUAGAGCCGUCAGAAAUGAUUGUGGUGGAAAACACCAAUGAGAACGAGGAGAAUGCCUUGCAGCGGGAAGAUCCACACCGCCAGUCCCGACGCAGAUUCACAAAAGUCAACCCAAAGGGGGAGAGGCAGAUCAUCACAGACAACGUGGAGUCCUCCAGCUACCCCCAGGAUUAUGCUGAUAACCAGCUUCCUGCAGACCUCACCAAGAUGCACCUCACAGACAACCCUCAUUCGCACAUGACGCACGUCCCUCCCAGCCAAUCAGGGUGCAGCAUUGCCAGUGACUCGGGGAGCAGCAGCUUGUCUGAUAUCUACCAGGCUACAGAGAGCGAGAUUGGGGAUGUGGAUCUGUCCGGGCUUCCAGAAGCAGCUGUCGAUUCUGAAGAGGAGGAGGAGGAAGACGAAGACAUCGACCGGGCUUCAGAUCCUCUUCUGGGAAGGGAUGUGGUCCGAGACUGUCUGGAGAAGGACCCAGCGGACAGGACUGAUGAUGAUAUCGAACACUUACUGGAGUUCAUGCACCAGCUCCCUGCUUUUGCAAACAUGACGAUGUCUGUCAGAAGGGAGCUGUGCUCUGUCAUGAUAUUUGAAGUAGUGGAACAAGCAGGGGCCAUCAUUCUCGAAGACGGACAAGAACUGGAUUCCUGGUACGUUAUUCUGAAUGGCUCAGUGGAAAUCGCUCAUCUUGAGAGGAAUGAGAUUCUUUGCAUGGGAAACAGCUUCGGGAUUUCUCCCACUCUGGAUAAACAGUACAUGAGCGGACUAGUGCGGACCAAAGGAGAUGACUGCCAGUUUGUGUGUAUAGCCCAGCAAGACUACUGGAGGAUUCUGAACCAUGUGGAGAAGAACACACACAAGGUGGAGGAGGAAGGGGAGAUUGUGAUGGUGAAGGAGCACAGGGAGCUGGACCGCAGCGGCACAAGGAAAGGGCACAUUGUCAUCAAGGGAACUCCAGAUCGGCUUAUAAUGCACUUGGUAGAAGAGCAUUCUGUGGUGGACCCCACCUACAUCGAAGAUUUCUUACUCACCUACAGGACGUUCCUGUCGAGUCCCAUGGAGGCUGGAAGGAAAUUGUUAGAGUGGUUCAAGGUUGACAGCCUCAGGGACAAGGUCACACGGGUGGUGUUGUUGUGGGUGAACAAUCACUUCAAUGAUUUUGAAGGGGAUCCUGCAAUGACGCAGUUUCUUGAAGAGUUUGAAAGCAAUUUGGAAAUGGCAAAAAUGAAAGGUCACCUCAGACUGCUGAACAUUGCUUGUGCAGCUAAAGCCAAAUGGAGACAAAUAACCCUGCUGAAACCAUCUAGAGAGUCAUCUCUCCAUUUCAGCCUGCUGGGUGGAAGUGAGAAAGGGUUAGGGAUCUUUGUUGAAUCUGUGGAACCAGGGAGUAAAGCAGCAGAGGCUGGACUGAAACGGGGAGACCAGAUAAUGGAAAUAAAUGGCCAGAAUUUUGAAAACAUUGCGAAUGCUAAAGCUGUUGAAAUCCUGAGGAAUAAUACGCAUCUGUGUAUAACAGUAAAAACAAACAUAUUUGUGUUUAAAGAUCAGUUGAGCAGAAUCACACACGAAAAGAAGAACGGGAUUCCGCAUAUUCCCAAAAUCCAAGAGAAAAAAGGCAACCGCUACUCCAUCCCAGACCUCCCGCUGGAUAUGGAGCACAUGUUUCCUAAUGAAAAGGGAAACAAGAAGAUCAAAGCCAGCACUGUGUCGGGAGGAAGGAACAAAAUCCGAAAGAUCCUGGGCUUCAGCAUCCUGCCUCCAAAGCCUUUCAGUGACGGUGGAGUAAGUCAGUCCCAAGAUGACAGUAUCGUAGGGACCAGGCAGUGCAGACACAGUGUUGCUAUCAUGCCCAUUCCUGGAACUCUGUCGUCCAGCAGCCCCGACCUCCUUCAGCCUGCUGUCAAUGUGCUGGACUUCUCCAACCCUGCAGCUGUAGGCUUUUACUACAUUCCAGAUCAAGUGAUCCGAGUCUUCAAGGCAGACCAGCAGAGCUGCUACAUCAUAAUAAGCAAAGACACCACAGCGAAGGACGUGGUGUCGCACGCAGUCAAUGAGUUUGGGCUGACGGCAGCAGCCGAGACCUACUCCCUCUGUGAGGUUUCUAUCAGUCCAGAGGGAGUGAUAAAACAAAGGAGGCUUCCUGAGCAACUGUCCAAACUAGCAGACAGAAUCCAACUCAAUGGAAGAUACUAUCUUAAGAACAACAUGGAGACGGAGACUUUGUGCUCAGAUGAGGAUGCCCAGGAGCUGCUGAGAGAGAGUCAGAUCUCGCUGCUCCAGCUCAGCACUGUUGAGAUGGCCACACAGCUCUCCAUGAGGGAUUUCGAGCUGUUCCGCAACAUCGAGCCCACAGAGUACGUGGACGACCUCUUCAAGCUGAACUCCAAGACUGGCAACGCUCACCUCAAACAGUUCGAGGAGGUGGUGAACCAAGAGACGUUCUGGGUGGCCACGGAAAUCCUGAAGGAGCCCAACCAGUUCAAGAGGAUGAAGAUCAUCAAGCACUUCAUCAAAAUCGCUCUGCACGGCAGAGAGUGCAAGAAUUUCAACUCCAUGUUUGCGAUUAUCAGCGGUCUAUAUCUUGUUCCAGUCGCUCGUCUGAGGGGUACAUGGGAGAAACUGCCAAGCAAAUAUGAGAAACUUUUCAGGGAUCUUCAAGAUAUUUUUGACCCUUCCAGAAACAUGGCCAAGUAUCGCAACGUGCUGAACAGCCAGAGUAUGCAGCCACCCAUCAUUCCUCUUUUCCCAGUUGUAAAGAAGGACCUAACCUUUCUUCAUGAAGGUAACGAUUCAAGUGUGGAAGGUUUGGUGAACUUUGAAAAACUGCGAAUGAUUGCCAAGGAGAUCCGACAUGUCACCCGAAUGACUUCCGUGAACAUGGAUCCAGCCUUGAUGUUCAGACAGAGGAAGAAGAGAUGGAAAAGUUUAGGAUCUUUAAGUCAGGGCAGCACAAACUCUAACAUGCUCGAUGUACAAGGAGGGGCCCACAAAAAGCGCGUGCGUCGCAGCUCCCUGCUCAACGCCAAGAAGCUGUAUGAGGAUGCGCAGAUGGCACGGAAAGUGAAGCAGUACCUUUCCAAUCUGAAUGUGGAAACAGAUGAGGAGAAAUUCCAGAUCAUGUCUCUCCAGUGUGAGCCUGCCUACAGCACCUUGUCCAAGAAUCUAAGUGACAGAAGAUCAGGAAAAUCGGACAUGUCUCCAGUGUCCAUGAGGUCCUCAAACCCGUCUGGAAAAUCCCAUCAGCAGCACAGAAUCAGCCAAGUUCUGCAGGUGCCUUCUGUCAACCUGAAUCCUCUCCGGAGAAAGGGGACCUCGAAGGACGUCGCCUCAUCCAGUGCUGGUUCUCCCCAGUGUGUAAAGAAAACUGCUGACAUGUGUGACGAUGUCUCCUGUAAGAGACCUGCCGACGAUGCCAUAUCUACAGCCUCCUCCCUGCAUUCCAGCCCCCCUGUAUCUCCCCAUGGAUCCCCACACAAAGUUGGGAGUAUCCCGAGAUCACGGAACUCCAGCCAGAUGAAUCUCUCAGGCUCCUCCUCAUCCCUGACGAGCGAGACCAGCACCAAGAACAGCGGGCCGCGCAGCUACGGGAUAGGUUACGCUCUGAUGCCAACCACAAAAUCUGAUAACUUCUCUGACUCGAGCCACAGCGAGAUCUCCUCCCGCUCCAGCAUUGUCAGCAAUUGCUCUGCUGACUCCAUGUCUGCCACAUCAGAAGAGCGCAGCUUAACACAGCAUCUCAGCUUCCCAGAACCCACUGCAGCUGCAGACAGGAAAGACAACAUGCCAACCGCAGCACCCCAGUGCAGCCACCCCUCUACCAGUUAUUCAGUGCCAAGGCCUGCUGUAACCAGGGGCUCAACGUUCACACCCUCCACAAGCCACGACGAGUUUGCCCACGGCCACGUCCCCACAGACACAGCAGACAGCGGGAGGGGCAGCUGGACGUCGUGCUCAAGUAACUCCCACGACAACUUCCAGAGCAUCCAGAACCAGAGAGGCUGGGACCUGGGCUCUUUCCACCACACCCAGCUCGAUGGGCCCAUUGUCGAGGUGGAGCCUACGGGGUCCUGGGCAGAGGAGGACCUUCAGAGAAGUAACAGGCAUUCCAAAGACAGCUUAGAGCUGAGCCAGUCGAGGCAAAGCUGGGCCUCCUCCAGCUCCCUCUCUGACACGUAUGAGGGGAACUACGGAACCAUUAAGAGGAGGGUUCUGGAUAGUUCUGGGGUAGCCCAGGGCGAAGCUUCAGAUUGUGAACCAAGCACAGAUGCAGUUUAUAAAACUGUCACUUCAAGCACAGAAAAGGGACUUAUAGUGUACUGUGUCACUUCCGCUCAGAAGGACGAUAGAUAUAGGGCACCACCACCCACUCCUCCAGGAUACCUGGGAAUCCCAUUAGUGGCUGUAAAGGAAGGAGCAACCCGCCACCCGCGAUUAAAACCUCCAGACUAUAGUGUGGCAUUGCAGAGGUCAAAGUUGGUCCCGCCCCACUGUGCCAUUGCUAGGCAACCAGAAGCUGGUAUUCACGCCAAGACGCUAGUUCAGUCCCCGACACAAAAGCGGCAAGACUCUGACCCUAGACUAGCCAAUGUUAAUCAACAGAGAGAACAAGCUAGUGAGGAGGAUGAAGAACAAGUGUCAGCUGUGUAACUAUGUAAUGACCAGGACCAGAUUGUGAGAGAGUUUGCAACACUUUCUGGAGCCCGUAGCACAGGAGGAAAAGAAGAAUAUCGUUUUAGAAGCUAACUAAGACGCUUGCUGCUUUCUUCUGCUGUGGAAAACAUCAGUGGCAUCAAUGCUGUGUGUGCCGCCCAGCAGUGACCUGGCCUGCACUAUGUGUUGCUGCAUAUAUAUUAAUUCUAACAAAACAAACAUACAUUGUUUUUUAUUUUUUGUUGGAUUAAUAUUUUUUGUCCGAUUUGUCGUACCUCAGACAGUAUUGUAAAUGGGACCAGAUCAAAUCUUCAGGGACCACAAUAUCCAAUGUCCUCUUAUCAUUUAAACCUGUUCAUGAAUCAAUAGUGGGGAGUUUAGUUGUGAUGGUGGACGGGGGGGGGGGGGGGGGGGUUGUUAAAAAUGUUUUAAGUGUGGAAGCACUGUAACGGCAGACUUUGAGGAGACUGAUAGAAAUGCUUCAAGCCUUGUUUUAAGAUAAUAGGCUGUACUACAAAGGGAAGUAGGCCCAUGCAUUUAGCAGCAUGCUCAUGCUUUGCAAGUACAGCCUGGCCAGUCUCAUUUGAAGUUUAAACAGGCAAUGCAGAGGAAUUUGAUAGGGGCGGAGGAGACAGUGGAAGAGCUAUUUCAGAAGAGUGUGAGGUUAUCUGAACUUUCAUUAGAUCAAGGCAACAUCUGUUUUCAACCCUUUAAUAGCAUUGUAUAAUUGAAUGUGGUUAGUAGUACUGCAUAGAAAACUGUUGCUAAAAGGCAUCGGCAGGAGCAGUGUCACAGUAGUGUGGCCAUCUUUCCACUGCUGUUUACAAGCAAGCACAUGACAAUUCAAGUAUAUACCUGAAAGCUGAAGUACAGCGUCACUUAAUAAUGAAUUAUGGAUUGGCAUUCUGUACCACUGUAAAAUGAACAGCAGCAGAUGAAUCAGUCAAGUGACGUCAGUGGGAAUGCUAACAUUCUAGCUGUGCACUACAGUAAAACAUACACCUGAAGCAUUAAAAAGCAUACAGUUUGCACAAUGCUAACUAUACUAGACAAGCGGGGUGCCGGGUUCUAAAAGCCCUUCAUCUCUGAAUUGAUUUCCUUUUUUUUUUUUUUUUUUUUUUUUUUUUUUUUUGUGUGAUCCCAGAACAAUACUAAUCAUUCUGACAAACUGUUUCAUUACACUGUUCUCGUAUCAGCCCGUCAACGUCGCCUGCCAAAAAGCAACAAUAAGCAUUGGAUAGUUUUAUAUCUAGGGGGAAUAACUGGAAUAUAAGCAGAUUCUUUUCAGUUUACAUUCAUUUUGUUGCCCAAGAUUAUUAUUAUAAUUAUUAUUACUAUUAUUAUUUUUGCCAUACUUGAAAGUGUUAAUGGUAAUUAUAUAUAUAAUAUUAUUUUUAUUUUUUUAUUAUGUUAAUUAAUAGUAAGGCAUGUGUACAGAUUUAAAAAUAUAUAUAUAAAUAUAUAUCUACAGAGAAUUGUAUUUUAAUAUUUUGUUAUAAUAAAAAUGCCCUCAUCCCAGAUUAUGGUUGUCCCAACACUUUUGGCCAGGAAUCUGGUGACGGUGUGUUUUUACUUUUGGUAUAACACAAGCUGUUUGUUGACCAAUUUAAGGAUAAGGAGGGGGUUCUGUAUCUCCAAGCAUUGUACAGAGCUCUAGGUAUUCUGCAGUGAAAACACAGUGCCCUGUAUGUUUUCUUUUUUAAAUAGAUGUUGAAAUGUGCUACCUUAUGAGACCAUGGGGAAAGGAUCACAGCUGUAGGUAUUUCAAAACCUGCAUGUGGAAAAAGAAAAUGAUCGUUUUUCCCCCCUGAUCCCCAUCAAGGCCAGAAGGACACUGCCACUUUACAGCAACCUCUCCUUGUUAUUAUUUUCUGGGACCUUAUUGAUCUCGCCUCAUCCGUCCCAUCUUUACAUUUAUACUAUUGUUGGGGGAAAAAGACACAAUUGGACAGAACUGGAUAGUCCCCUCCAUAGGGUUCUUACUCCUGAACUACCUAAAUAUACACAGAGGAUUAUUAAACUGUUGCUGAUCCUGUGAGCUGUAAGGUCAGCUGGAGGAUUCCUGAAGCUUCACAGAAUGGAAAUGUUCUUGCUGAUAAGGUCUGUAGUGCUCCCACUCACUGAAUCUAAACACACUGUUGAACGUUAUUCUUGAAUCAGCCUAGUUCUUAGCACUGUCUGUCAUGGCUUUCUCGGUUUUGAGCUAAAUAACCUUCAAGGAAUAUUCCAGUCGUCUGAAAAUGCUGCACAUUCUCCAGACACUUUAACAAUACUUAGUAUUAAAUUUUACCGCAACAUCUAAUAGGAAAAAAAAAUCACAGAUCUAUAUUCUUGAUCUUUCUAUUUUCCUAAUUUUAAAUUAAUCGUUGACCCGUGUAAAUUAAAUAAAUCGUUAUCCAACGUGUGGUAAAACUUUCUUUGGCAGUGUGGCUUGCUUUUGCAUGGCCUUGCUGUGGUUUGUUUUCAGGUUAGCCGAUCAUAUUGAUCAGUCGUGUCAAUUGCAAAAUGCGUGUGCUUUAUAUUGUAAUGAAGUUAAAGAGAUCUUAUAUCUUCCAGUCUCAGAAAUGACUUUGAAAACUGCUGUUUUCUCAAAUCUUUAAUAUUUUACAUUUUAGGGGACAACUGGAAUACAAAAUUGAUUAGGAUAUUACUGAGUACAAUAUGUAAACUUUCAUGAAGGACACACUGUCUGUCUGGCAAAUAAAUUAAAAAACAAAACAAGGAAGACUAAGAGUAAAGUAACCCCAGUACUUGCUAAAAAAUCAGCGUUUUAGUAACUCGGGAUACUCCUGUCUCGCCCAGAUCUAAUUGAAUUACAAAGCACUUUCUUUAAAAAAAAAAAAAAAAAAAAAAUACACUUUACUAUUUCCUGAAAUAAUAAAUAAAUAAAUAAAUAAAUAAACCAUUUGAACAAUGCUAUUUUUUAAGUACUUAAAUUGGAUACUGGAAGAAAUAUAAAGGUCUUUUUAAUCACCUGUGCUGCGCGCGUGUGGAGGAGUCUUUCAUUGUUUGAAGGACAGAAUGUCAAGCGAUUAAAAUUCAAUUAACCGUGCUCUGCUGAAAGCAAUGUGUUGGAGAGGAUUACAGCUCUGGGCAAGCUGUGCAAAAUGCGGAUUGCAAAACACGAAGCAGAUAUUCUCUCUUUAACCCUGCUUCCUAUAAUACUGGAACAUUUACUUUGGCGUUUCGCUGAAUUUUUUAGCUUCUCUUCACUGUUUUGUCAUUUUAUUCUGAUACAUCUGGAAUGCACUCAGUGAGCUGUGUAAUAAAUGUAAAAAAAGAAGAAAAAAAAAGAAAAUGUCGACAUACGGCAGAACUGCACAACUGUACCCAUAUACAACAAGCAGAAAUUGUAAGGCACAUGUCUGUGAAUAAGUAUUAUUGAAUAAGUUGCGUUGUCUCCCCCUUUUGAUAGCUGUUGUAACUUACGUCUUUUAGAAAGACACAUGAUUGGCCUGUAUGCUUUUGUAUUUAACAGUGAGUGUAAAUAUGUGUUAUAUUUUGUUUAAAAGAAUGUUUUUAAAAAGUACUGUUUAUUCUUCCAUGUCUUGGACAAUAUUAAACUAAGUACAUACAA